AGCGCGGAGCUGAGGAAGAGACGUAACAGCCAGCGGUGGAAGAGAUGGGCUCACUUCAAUGAAUCAGAAUUCCACCUGCAAACAAGCAACUCGGACACCCUGGAGACCGAAAUAAAUUAGAGCCUUUUUGUUUUAGGUUGGGAACCUUCUCGGUUUUGAGUCUGCAGCUGCCAACAUUAGGAGCAAGGAGCUAAAUAUUGGACGCGUGCAUAUCCUGUGGGCAAAUCUUCACUGAUAAGAAUGCAUCAAAAUAACUGCUUACCUGAACUGGUAACUGAGAAGAACAUAUUGGAGCCUCAGUUUGGGAAUUCUCUACGUUUGCUUGCAGAAGAAAUUGAAAAGCAUGAAGGUGAAGGUGACGAACUGCAAAAAGAUGGAAUAAUGAAGAAAUACCUUGACAUUAUCAGCAAUAAGAAUAUCAAGCUGUCGGAAAGAGUUCUCAUUCCUGUUCAACAGUAUCCAAAGUUUAAUUUUGUUGGAAAGCUGUUGGGACCUCGGGGAAAUUCCAUGAAAAGGCUACAAGAGGAAACAGGAGUCAAGAUGUCCAUCCUCGGAAAAGGAUCCAUGAGGGAUAAAGGAAAGGAGGAAGAAUUAAGGAACAGCGGAGAGGCCAAAUACUCACAUCUGAGUCACGAUCUGCAUGUUUUAAUUGAAGUCUUUGCUCCACCGGGUGAGGCCUAUUCCCGUAUGAGUCACGCUUUGGAGGAGAUUAAAAAAUUCCUUGUUCCAGACUACAAUGAUGAGAUUAGACAGGAACAACUACGAGAGCUUUCACUGUUGAACGGUUCGGAUGAGUCCAGCAGAGGCAGGAAUGCACAAGGAAGAAACAUUCGGGCAUCGACCACAGUAUCCGCCAGGGCCCGCAGGAACACAGGAAGGAACACGGUAACGCCUCGGGGGACGUCUGCCGCGACACACAGCAAGCUCGCGGCAUCCGCUUUAACGAGGGAUGCUCACACCCCGAGAGCCAGGGGAGCAGCGGUAGCGGCAAUCGGAGGGUACCGACCUCCGCUGUUGGCCGCAACACAUGACUCAUACGACGACUAUGGCUACGACGAUGGAUAUGGCGGGGAAUACGACGACGACAGCUAUGACGCUUAUGACGAUAACUACAGUAAUCAGUCAAAGAGUAACUCAGAAUAUUAUGAAUAUGGACAAGUAACAAGUGACAAAUCCUACAGCAGCUAUGAGGAGGAGUGGCCCACUUCACGUGCCAGUCUCAAAGCUCCAGUGCUACAGCUGACAAGAGGGGGAUACAGGAAACAUCCCUAUAGUCGAUACUGAAGGUGCUCCACACAUGACCUGCAAUUUGGGUCUAUGUUUUUUUAAACACUGUUGUCCAUCCGAUUAGAUAUUCCCUUAAAGCAGUGGCUUUUCAAAGUGAGUAAAAUAAAAACCAAAAAUACUUCUCAAGAGAGAAAACUGCAAAAACUAUAUUCGGUAUAUCAACAUGUACUAUUAUUGGUGUAACAUUGAUUUGGUAAGUAGUUAAAAUAUUUGUACAAAAGAUGAAGAACAAAAGAGACACACGUAAUAUUUGUUUUCUUUUUUUUUUUACCAAAAUGUCACAUUGAAAUCACUUUGAAAUCCACUGUAUUAAGGCCCAUAGAUUGUCUUUAUUAUUUGUCUCAUGUUAAGUGUGGAAAAUGCUUUUACACAAAUGUAAACAUAUCAAAUAAAACACACACACAUUUCUUUUAAGUGUGUGUGUUUGUGCGUGUUGUUUUUUUUUUUUAAUCUAUUUAUUGCAUCCAAUUCCAUGAUAAGCAAAGAUCACCAAUGCAACAUAUGACACAAUGUUUUGGCCAUGCUUAUAAGCAAUUUUGUGACUCGACGCCACUGAUUAAAAAUGAUUAAAGUCCACCCUUGACUCAUGAUUAAAAGAAAAAAAGAUAAAAUAAGAAAUCUGACUUCUGUAAACCAGUUUUAGUUGACAAACAUUUCUCAGUUUUGUAAAUGCAGGUUUGUGAUCACUGUAUAGCUUGGAAUAAUUGCAUGGUUUGCCAAAAACAAUAGGAAGGAGAAAGUCAGUCAAGAAUAAAAGGUACCGUAUUUUUCAGACUAUUAGAACUCACUUUUUUUUUUCCCAUAGUUUGGUUGGUUGAAGCACAAUAAUGGCUCCUAGUAAGGCCUUUUCACACACUUAGCAAACACACUCAUUGUGUGGUUUAAAGGGGCUGCACCAGCUCAAAGGAGCAUUUCUGGGCAUUUUGAUUAGGCCUGAACGAUAUUGGAAAAACCUAUCAUUGCGAUUUUUGGGAGGGUUGCGAUACAUUGCGAUAUUAACACUAGAAGAUUUUUUUACCAGAUAACUUGAAUAGCUCUAUUUAGGCCUGAACUAUAUUGGAAAAGUUAACAUUG